AUGAGACGAGUUUUGUCCACACUGGCUUGUUGCCUCCUUCACCCUCUAAUCGCAUCCGCGGAAGGGGACGCGAUAUACAAUGCUUCUCUCCCAUUUCGACCGAGCAAUAUCACAGGACUAAGUGACAUCUAUCUUUGGGUUGGAACGUAUUACAAUUCCACGACGAAGAUAGAGUUUACGCCCGAGAUCGGAUCGACAACCAACAAAUCUGUAUGCAAAAGUCACCAGGGCCAAACAUUUACUGCGGAAUAUGAGUCUUUACUCGCUAUCACUGAGAGAGGCUCUUAUAAUCUGGGAUCAAACUCGGUUAAUACCCUCUUGGCCCUCUGGAACUCGGAUGCAAACCUUACCUUGCUCUCCUCGGGGUCACCAUGGGCCUCCUCAUCCCUAGAAUGGUAUAUCGAGUCAGCCCCUUGGGUGUAUCACGCGAACAAUGGCUCAACUAACAGCGAUGCGGGUACUACUUCUUUCGUUAAAGAUAUCUUUAAUUUGACCCUAUCACCAGACACUAAAGGACCUCCCUACAAAUUAACAGGGACCAUUAAGGAUGCAGACCUGAUGCUGGGUAGUUUUGAUAUGGACCUUAAGUCCUGCAAUACUUCUACUGAGACAAGCCAGAAUCGUAUGACACUUGUUGAUCGUGAUUGGUCUAAUAAUGCUGGUUGGACCUGGACAUAUCCCACUGUUGACUUUCAAUUUGGUAGCCGAACGGCCAACUUCACUUUGGAUGGAUAUGCCGCUGGGUUUCCAUACUUGAUCAAUAGAUCCGAUCCCUCGAAGUCACUAGGUGCGGAUGAGGUACAGGGGAAGAUCAAGGUAUCCUUCUUCGGGGUCAUCGACUCUUAUCACUCCGAUACUUUGGUCAAUAGCAGCUCAACACCCACUUGGCUUCGAACCGUUGGCUUUGGGAACAACUCUGCAAAUAUAGGCUAUAACAAUAGCUCUCUUGGCUCACCCCGUCCAUUGCACAGGGGAGCUGUUGCAGUUUGCUCUGUUAUUUCCUUGGCUUUACUGUAUUUCUAA